AUGCAGGAGUAUCUUCAGACCGUCAGUCCCAUCUUGGAGACGUGGGAGGCAAGGUACAUGGAGAUCCUGGAGGCAGCGGAGCAUCCCGAUGUGGAGCACCAAACCUUACAUGAACACUUGAUCCCCGUCUGCAGGCACUUCCGAGACGCCGUUGUCGCAGGCAAGGAGAUCGCAGGGUGCAUUGCAGACAUUGGCUCCGAGGUUGCUGAGAUCACCGCCAAAAAGGGUUUUCUAGGAAUCACAUCGCCGGUUGCGCGGUCCUUGGGCAUGGCUGUUGGUGCAUCCUUCGCCCUCGUAUCCCUCGCGGACUCCAUCAACGGCGCGCUUGCAUGCAAUGCCGGAGCAUCCGAGAUAGCGGAUCGGAUCGAUGCGGUGGCAGACAAGCUGGCCAUCGCCUUGUACCGCUUCCGUUCCUUCAUGAGCAGCCCCGUGCUGGACAACGCCAUCGACAUCCCGCAACUCAUGAGGAUUCGCCUCGGCCUGAAGUUGAGCAGGUCUUCCUACCUCAUCGGCGAUUGGCCCGAGGAAGUCGAAGGAUACUUUACGGUCAAACUCCCAGAUGGUCGAAUCGUCCGAUCUGCAGAGUUUGAGGUGAAGUUCCAUUCUGCAGAUGCAGACGACAUGGCAGUAGUAAGCCGGAACAUGGUCAUUCUUACACGGAUUAAGGAUCUUGACCUGGGCGCCCUGACCUGCUACAUUCAGGCCCGCGCUCGCACUGGAGGCCUUCGCAAGAUGAUGUUGGGAGACUCCGCCUUGUCUGAAGAAUGCAAGUUCGUGGGGCCUGGUCUACAUGAGCAUGCGUCGCAGUAUUCAGGCUACCGGUGCGCAAUCUCGACGCUGCCGCGCCAUGCGAGUCCAGGUCCUUGA